CUGUGACUUACUCGCAGGACGCGCUUAGGCAGCAAUGUCGGGCCGGGGCAAAGGCGGGAAGGGUCUGGGCAAAGGGGGCGCCAAGCGCCACCGUAAGGUGCUGCGCGACAACAUCCAGGGCAUCACCAAGCCCGCCAUCCGGCGGCUGGCCCGGCGCGGCGGCGUCAAGCGCAUCUCCGGCCUCAUCUACGAGGAGACCCGCGGGGUGCUCAAGGUGUUCCUGGAGAACGUGAUCCGGGACGCCGUCACCUACACGGAGCACGCCAAGCGCAAGACGGUCACGGCCAUGGACGUGGUGUACGCGCUCAAGCGCCAGGGCCGCACCCUCUACGGCUUCGGGGGUUAAGCCUUCGUCACCACUUUUUCUCUAUAAAGGUCCUUUUCAGGGCCGCCCAC